AAGACGAGGUUAGGUUCUGAAAAUGGGCGUGAGGCACCUGUGUCUGGGGGCGCCGAAGUCGCGUCACGCCUGAAGGAAGGAAAAACUUCAACCCCAGCAACUCCUGGAGCAGGCUCCACCCAAACGCGAUUCCUGGAGUUCCCGAGCUUAAUGGGAAUUGUAGUUCACCCUAUAAAAAGCCACCGUUGCCUGGGAAACGGCGAUGUAGUUGGGUUCCUAGAUCCGUGAGGAAGGGCUGGGAACAGUCUUACGGAUUCCUGAGGGUGGAGGAGCCCGGAGCCUGGACUCCUAGGUGAGCAUCUCGCUCUGCAGGCGGAGGGUCCCAGGCGGGUGGCGGCCCAUGGCCGGGACCCAGCUGGUAGUGGCUAAGAAGAUGGUGGAGCUGAGCGGGGCUCAGUGUGGAGUGUUCAGUUCGUAGGCUGCUCCAUGAAGCCUGAUUGGAAGACCAGGUCCAGUGGCUCUGUUCUCCCUCGCUUCCAAGAAUGGUCUCACCCACUACUGCGCAAGUUCCAGGCCCUGGGAUCUCUGCCCACCCCUCAUUUCCCCGAGUGGUUUUUUCCAUGAUCCCACAACUCCAAAGGGUCCGACGCCUAACUGCGACUCUCUAGACGGGCAUGCCACGGAAGCAACGUUUUCCGAGAACGUGAACGGAGAGCACCGGAGUGAAGGACGGUUCCUGUUCCCUGCCUCACGCGGAGGCCGCUGCAGUUGGCGCCAGGGACAAAGGCCUCUCCUCUCCUGCUGACCCAAAGACCUUCCUUUGUCGAAAGCCUCUCCGCAGGCCCACCCACCCAGGGCUAUUUUGUGAGCACCAGUUGAGGCCUGUGAUAGCUGCUCUGGUGAAAGAAACACCAGGAUUGCAUCAGAGAGGAAGAGGAGGCUGGGGCGUUCAGGAUCUGAGCAUCUGAGCAGGGGUUGGUAAGGUUGGCCCACAACCCGGUGAGAGGCUUCCAGGUGAGGACACUUGUGUUUCUGCUGAGGACACUUCUUUCAUGUGACAUCUGCUGUUUCCUGAUGAUCAAAGAACCUCAGUGUCAGACCCCCCAGAAACCCAGAAAUUCAGGUGGGACUCAGAAAUUCCACUUAUGCAACACAAUCUGCAUCAGUCAACGAGGGCAGUAGUUUUUCAGGAUCCCAGUCCCCUCCUCCCUCAGACCCAGAAGUCGAGGCCCCCAGCUCCCUCCUCCUUCAGACACAGGAGUUUGAGACCCCAGAUCCUUCUUCCUGAGACCUAGGUAUCUUGGCCCCCAGCUCUUUUCACCAGGGUCCCAGUUAAUCAGGUCCUCAUUGCACCUAUCCCCCAGACCCAGGAGUCCAGGCCUCCAGCUCGAAGGACCCUCAGAUUGCAUCAUCCAUCUGUUCAGGCUGCUCUGGCCACGGUGGAAUUCUAGCUCCUGCCAAGUGGGUCAAAUAUCAUGAGUCAGGCACAGAGAGGAUGAUUGGGCGGGUCUGUCUGGGUAUAAAUUCUGAAGCUUCUGCAUCUGUCCCAAGAGACUUGGGUGUCCUGUCAGCUAGGGAUCUACAAGAAAGAAGACCCAGGUACUGGGGCCAUCUGAGCAACAAUCUGUGAAUCUGCUUUCCUGAGCAACCGGGACCUGGAACUGAAUCUAGACCACUGAGCCCUCAAACCUCACACCUCAGACCUUGCCUGCAGACUGAACCAUUGAUGGGCUGGGAUGAGGCUGGGUUCGAGACCCUGGGAUUGUGGGUCCCUGUGCUGGCUGUCCUUCUGCUGGGAGUCUGCCAGGCACAUCCCAUCCCUGACUCCAGCCCCCUCCUCCAAUUCGGGGGCCAAGUCCGGCAGCGGCAUCUCUACACAGACGACGCCCAGGAGACAGAAGCCCACCUGGAGAUCAGGGCGGAUGGCACAGUGACAGGGGCUGCCCACCGGAGCCCCGAAAGUCUCUUGGAGCUGAAAGCCUUGAAGCCAGGAGUUAUUCAAAUCCUGGGAGUCAUGACAUCCAGAUUUCUGUGCCAGAGGCCAGAUGGGACACUGUAUGGAUCGCUCCAUUUUGAUCCUGAGGCCUGCAGCUUCCGGGAACUGCUUCUUGAGGACGGAUACAACGUUUACCAGUCAGAGGCCCAUGGCCUCCCCCUGCGCAUGCCCCAUCACAACUCCCCAUCCCGGGACCUGGCCCCCAGGGGACCAGCCCGCUUCCUGCCGCUGCUGGGCCUGCCCCCAGUACCUCUGGAGCCACCAGGGAUCCUGGCCCCAGAGCCCCCCGAUGUGGGUUCCUCGGACCCUCUGAGCAUGGUGGGGCCUUCACAUGGCCAAAGCCCCAGCUAUGCUUCCUGAAGCCACAGGCUAUUUAUUAUUGGGUCUCCUCUUUAUUUAUUGUUAUUUAUCUUAUUUAUUUUUUUAUUUUUCUUACUUGUGAUAAUAAAGAACCCGAG